UAAUUAACAGGAGAUGUGGAGGAGAAGAAUGAGGGGAAUUGGGGUUAUCAAGCUUUCAUUGUUGGGUGAGAUGCCAACUCAUGUCACUUCUAGCUCAUCUCGUCCCUCUUCAUAAUCCUUCCAUUCAGUCAGUCAAGCCUUCUAUCCCUCACCUGAAUCUCCCGCAACUAUUUUCUGUGUAGAUCAUACUAUCUAUCAACAUGACUGCUCAAACGGGCUUGGACGUUCUCCGUACGAGGACCAUUGUUGACUGCGAUACUAUGGACGAAGAAGUUGCCAAAACUUUAGGACCAUUUCAAGACUGUACUUCUAAUCAAGCGAUCGCAUUCGGAGAACUCUCCAAACCUGAACACAAGGAACUGGUCGUUACAUCUAUUUCGGAGGCUAAGAAUAUUCUAUCUCGGUUUCCGGGCCUCUCCUUGGAGGAAUUGGCUAUAGAGAUAGCGAUGGUGAAGCUGGCAUUGCGGAUUGCUCCCCAUAUCCGUGGCCAUGUCCAUAUCCAGACAAACCCAUACUAUUCUUACUCGGUCGAGAAGACUACUGUCAAUGCCCUCAGAAUCAUUCAACUUUUCCAAUAUUUACAGCCUGGCUUCGAGCAGUCACGCAUUUGCAUCAAAAUACCAAGUACAUGGGAGGGUAUGGUAGCCUGUCGGACUCUCGAACAAGCCGGAGUACACACGCUCGCUACCACCCUCUUUACCUUGACUCAGGCCGUGCUUGCUGCGGAAGUUGGCUGUACUUAUAUUGCACCAUAUGUCAAUCAGCUAAAAGUUCAUUUCGAGCCGGGCUUCACGGACCUGGACAAGCUGCUGCCUCUCUGUGUUGCCAUCCAGAAGUACUAUGAAUCUGUCAAUGCUAAGACACAGGUUUUGCCGGCCAGUUUGACCUCAACAGAUGAGAUUUUCGCUAUGGCUGGUGUACAUCAUAUCACUAUCGCACCAAACCUUUUGCAGCAGCUCUCACAGCCCGAUUCUGUGCCGCAGAUUCAGUCACUUUUCGACUCUGACACCCUUGCGGCAGGCCCUUCGUCGCCAUUGUCGUUCAUCCACGACGAGUCGGCGUAUCGUCUUGCAUUCACCAGAGACCUCCAUGGAGCAAGCGAGGAGAAGCUUACUCAGGCUAUCAAUAUAUUCUGUGAUAUGCAAGACGAGCUUGUCCAACUUGUUAGAUCUGCAGCGUAAGGUUCAUAUGUAAAGAGAUGGCUCUGUUGAGGCAUAACUGAUCUAGUACUGUCAGUGAAUGGGACCUAGUUGAUAUGUAUAUCAGUUGAAUUCACUCAGGAUCAUAGCAUUUGUC